CGGAUGUGGCCGUCAUGGCGACGGAGGGGGAGAGGAGUCAGGCGGCAGGCAACGAGCUGAUCCUGGGUGAACUGGACAUAACCUCCGACGAGUUUAUCCUUGAUGAAGUAGACACACACAUACAAGCCAACCUCGAGGACGAACUAGUGAAAGAAGCAUUAAAGACGGGUGUUGAUCUGAGGCACUACUCCAAGCAGGUGGAGACGGAGCUACAGUGCAUCGAACAUGCCUCCAUUAAAGACUACAUCAAGGAGAGUCAGAAUAUCGCCAGCCUGCACAACCAGAUCACAGCCUGUGACACCAUCCUGGAGAGAAUGGAGCAGAUGCUCAGCACCUUCCAGUGUGACCUGAGCAGCAUCAGCUGCGAGAUCCAGACCCUGCAGGAGCAGUCCAUCGCCAUGAACAUCAAGCUGAAGAACCGGCAGUCCGUGCGCAGCGAGCUCAGCCAGCUGGUCGACGAGCUCGUUGUGCCCAACACCAUGAUCGCCAUCAUAUUGGACACCCCUGUGACCGAACAGCAGUUUCUGGAGCAGCUCCAUGAGCUCAAUAAUAAGAUCAAUUAUGUUAAGGAGCAGUCCUUCAAGGAGACCUUGGCUUGUUCCGAUGUGCAGGACAUCCUGGACCGCCUCAAGAUUAAGGCUGUUUCGAAGAUCCGGGAAUUUAUUCUCCAGAAGAUCUACUCGUUCCGCAAGCCAAUGACCAACUAUCAGGUUCCUCAGAACGCACUGCUGAAGUACAGGUUUUUCUACCAGUUCCUCCUGGCGAAUGAGCGGCAUGUGGCGAAGGAGAUCCGGGAUGAGUACGUCGACACCAUGAGCAAAAUCUACCUGUCGUACUUCAAGUCCUACAGCAGCCGGCUGAUGAAAGUGCAGUAUGAAGAGGUGGCCGACAAGGAUGAUCUGAUGGGAGUGGAGGACACAGCGAAGAAAGGCUUUUUCUCCAAACCAUCGCUGAAAAACAGGAACACUAUUUUCACCUUGGGGAACCGUGGUAAUGUGAUCAUGUCGUCGGAACUGGAAGGACCCAUCAUCGUGCCUCACGCAGCACAGAAGAACGACACUCGGUAUCCCUUCGAGAGUCUGUUUCGCAGCCAACACUACGCCCUCCUCGAUAACAGCUGCCGUGAAUACCUCUUCCUUUGUGACUUCUUCAUGGUGACUGGGAACUCUGCUCAAGAUCUCUUCAACGCCAUCAUGGGCAAAACUCUCACCAUGUUCUUGAAACACAUGGACACCUACGUUGCAGAUUGUUUUGACAGUAUUGCAGUCUUCCUGUCCAUUCACAUCAUCCUCCGCUUCAAGACCAUCAUGGCAAAGCGAAACGUCCCUGCUGUCGAUAAGUACUGGGAUACUCUGCUGGAAAUCCUGUGGCCAAGGUUCGAGUACAUCCUGGAGCUGAACAUUCAGAGCAUCCGCAACACGGACCCACAGAGACUGGGCGCCCUCGACACCCGGCCACACUACGUCACCCGAAGGUACGCAGAGUUCUCAUCAGCGAUCGUCAGCAUCAACGAAACGUACCCCAAUGAGAAGACACACAAUCUGCUUGCACAGCUACAGGUGGAGGUGGAGAACUUUGUGCUGCGGAUGGCAGCGGAGUUCGCUUCCCGGCGGGAGCAGCUGAUAUUCCUCAUUAACAACUAUGACAUGAUGCUGGGUGUUCUAAUGGAGCGGGCAACUGACGACAGCAAGGAGGUGGAGAGUUUCCAACAGCUGCUCGGUGCCCGGACUCAGGAGUUCAUUGAGGAGAUGCUGUCGCCGCCGUUCGGAGGGAUGAUCGCGUUCGUGAAGGAGGCAGAGAUCCUGAUGGAGAAGGGGCAGACGGACAAGCUGAAGUGUGAGGAGGGGCGAGUGGUGCAGCUGGUCCGUGGAUUUGCGGCCACUUGGAAGCAGUCGGUGGAAAACCUGAGUCAGGAUGUGAUGAGGUCCUUCACCAACUUCAAAAACGGCACCGGCAUCAUCCAGGGAGCCCUGACACAGCUGAUCCAGUACUACCACCGCUUCCACAAGGUGCUGGCACAGCCCCCGUUCAGGAACCUGGCUGUCCGCUCCGACCUCAUCAACAUCCACCACCUCAUGGUCGAGGUGAAGAAGCACAAACCCAACUUCUGAGCCCGCACACCUCCUCUCCUCCUCUGUCACAUUCCCUGUCCCCUCCCCUCCCCUCCCCGUGCCCUUUCACCCUCCCCCCCCCCCCCCCCGGCAAACGGUGCAGGUGCCUGUACUCCUUCCCCUCUCCCACCCCCCCUCCUCUCAUGACCCCACCUGCCCUGUCCCACACCUUCCCUCUUGUGGCUCCGUCCCGUGAUCCCCCCUGUCUUCACCCUGUCUCUCCCUCCCUCCCUCGACCCAUUCUCUCCCCCUCAGCCUCACUCUCCUAUUGCCACCCCUCUGAUUUCUGCACUGCCCCCCUCUCAUUCCCUCCGACCCCCUCCCCUGUGUGCACUGCACUUUAGGGACAGAGAGGUCUGGUGACAGGACUGAGUAGAGCAGCUGCAAGGAACAGUUGGCCCAAAGAGCCGACUGCAGCAACAUUUCAAUUCUGUCAGUCUGCCUGUCACGGGACCGGGAUAAUUUGUACGUGUGUAAGUAAUCUGUCGGUUGGGAGAAUUCAGGAUGUGGGUGCAGAAUGUGGGGCUGGUAACGUGCUAAACCUGGGUCCCAGCGGUGACUGAAUGUUCAGCUGUGCCCCCAAACUCUCCGCAUUAACCCAGAGUCCAGUGCACUAGGACCGGACUCGGCACAAGCCUCACGGUGUUUGAUGGGAGCCACAACGGGCAGGGAAUCAGCCUGAAUUCUCCCAGUGAAUGUGCACGAAUUAAAACAAUGGAACCAAG